AUGAGAAUACGAAAGCCCUUUGCUGCUGCCUUUGUGGUAUUGCUGUUCAUAGCAGCCUCGUUAGGCCUUGCCCCGAACCGCCUACCCCAAUACAAGCAGAGCGACAAGGUCUUACACUUUGUGACCUUCUUCUUGAUCACCCUUUGCUUCUACUGGAUCAUCGAGACCAAUCGUCGCCGCGUUAUUCACUUUACUCUCGUGGCUUGCACUGUCGCUCUGAGCAUCGGGUCCGAGAUCGUCCAAGGACUGCUACCGAAUGGCCGUGAGUUUGAUCCCUACGAUAUCCUUGCCAACGUGGUUGGCUCGUUACUUGCCUUGCUGGCCUGCAGCUGGUAUCACAAGCGUAUGCUGGAACGACGCCGCGCAGCAAGAAACUACCAAAUGGUGCCCGGCGAGGACCAAGACAUUGAACUGGGCGAAAGCGCUACCGACCAGGAGACUGGCGUCAUGUCUAGCUCCGAACUACCAAACGUCACGGAAGAGUUGGACAACUGGGAUGAGAAUGCCGACGAUUGGGACGAUGACCAGAUGCCUGAGAGCACGCCCACCACCAAGGCGGGUCAAGAAGGAAGCAUCGCCGAAAAGCGGUCCGAUUAG